GAAAGUGGACGUUGGAUUGUGAAGGAUCAAGGUGCCCAGAGGGGUUUCACAGUGUUGGGAUUUUGUAGCCUUCAGCACCUCAGCUGGGUUUCCAGAGAAGAUCUUGCUUCUUGUUGUCUUGUCUGGUCUUUUUACAACAAGAUGAACGUACAGGCCUGUUCCAGGUGUGGCUAUGGGGUUUAUCCUGCUGAGAAGAUCAGCUGUAUAGAUCAGAUAUGGCACAAAGCAUGUUUUCACUGUGAAGUCUGCAAGAUGAUGCUGUCUGUUAAUAACUUCGUGAGUCACCAGAAAAAGCCGUACUGUCACGCCCAUAACCCGAAGAACAACACUUUCACUAGUGUCUAUCAUGCACCAUUAAAUUUAAAUGUGAAGAAGUCUGUGGGAGCCCUGGGUGGGGUAAAUGGCCAAGAAGAUGGUGAGCAGUUUAAAUCGGUUUUUCACUGGGACAUGAAGUCCAAGGAUGGGGCAGGGGCACCUGGCAGGCAACCACUGAUGAAUGAGAGAGCUUAUUGGCCGGGGUACGGAGAAGGGAACUUAUGGUGCCCAGGAUCUCUACCAGACCCCGAAAUUGUAAGGAUGGUUGAGGCUCGACAGUCUCUCGGUGAGGCGUAUAUGGAAGACCAUGAACAACAAGGUAAGGGGAGCUUUCCAGCCAUGAUCACACCUGCAUAUCAAAGGGCCAAGAUAGCCAACCAGCUGGCCAGCCAGGUGCAGUACAAGAGAGGCCACGAUGAGCGCAUCUCCAGGUUCACCCCAGUGGCAGAUACCCCUGAGCUGCUACGAGCCAAGGCUGGGGGACAGCUUCAAAAUGAUGUGAGAUGCACAGAGGACUCUGAAGAGCAGAGAGGAAGAGGCAGUUUUCCUGCUAUGGUUACACCUGCUUAUCAGAUAGCCAAAAGAGCCAAUGAGCUGGCCAGUGAUGUGAAGUACCAUCAACAAUAUGAAAGAGAAAUGAAGGGAGUAGCUGGUCCAGUAGUUGGAGCCGACAGCAUAACAACAAAGGAAUGUGUCGACCAGUGUGGCCAGGGCUACUCAGAGUGUGACGAGCGUAGGGGAAAGGGCAGCUUCCCGGCCAUGAUCACCCCUGCUUAUCAGAAUGCCAAGAAGGCCAAUGAACUCGCCAGUGAUAUUAAAUACAGGCAGGACUUCCAUAAAAUGAAAGGUGCGGCCCACUAUCACUCCCUUACAGCCCAGGACAACUUAGUUCUUAAACGGGCUCAGAGUGUGAACAAGCUUGUGAGUGAGGUGGAGUAUAAGAAGGAUCUGGAGAGUAGUAAAGGUCACAGUAUCAACUACUGUGAGACCCCCCAGUUCAGGAAUGUGAGCAAGAUCUCAAAAUUCACCAGCGAUAAUAAAUAUAAAGAAAACUAUCAGAACCAUAUGCGGGGUCACUACGAAGGGGUUGGCAUGGACCGACGCACGCUCCAUGCUCUCAAAGUUGGCAGCCUGGCCAGUAACGUCGCCUACAAGGCUGAUUACAAACAUGACAUUGUGGACUAUAACUACCCUGCCACUCUUACUCCAUCCUACCAAACAACGAUGAAACUGGUUCCCUUGAAAGAUGUCAACUACAGGCAGAGCAUCGAUAAGUUGAAGUACAGCUCAGUGACCAACACACCGCAGAUUGUUCAAGCCAAAAUCAAUGCCCAGCAACUGAGUCAUGUCAAUUACCGAGCUGAUUAUGAGAGAAACAAGCUGAAUUACACGUUGCCCCAGGAUGUGCCUCAGCUGGUGAAGGCCAAGACCAAUGCCGAACUAUUUAGUGAGGUUAAGUACAGAGAAGGCUGGGAGAAGACAAAGGGGAAAGGAUUUGAGAUGAAGCUGGACGCCAUGUCUCUGCUGGCCGCCAAAGCCUCCGGGGAGCUUGCUAGCAAUAUUAAAUACAAAGAAGAAUAUGAAAAAACAAAAGGCAAAGCCAUGGGAACUACUGACUCGAAGCUUCUGCAUUCUCUGCAGGUGGCCAAGAUGAGCAGUGAGGUUGAGUACAAGAAAGGCUUUGAAGAGAGUAAGACCCACUUCCACUUGCCCAUGGACAUGGUCAACCUCAGGCACGCUAAGAAGGCCCAAGCUCUUGCCAGUGACCUGGACUACAGGCAGAAACUGCAUGAAUAUACUGUGUUGCCUGAAGACAUGAAGACUCAGUGGGCCAAGAAAGCCUAUGGGCUCCAGAGCGAGCUGCAGUACAAGGCUGACCUGGCAUGGAUGAAGGGAGUUGGGUGGCUGACUGAAGGGAGUCUCAACCUAGAACAGGCCAAGAAAGCUGGGCAGCUGGUCAGCGAGAAAAACUAUCGGCAGAGGGUUGAUGAACUGAAGUUUACCAGUGUGACUGACAGCUCCCAGAUGGAACAUGCCAGGAAGAGCCAGGAGCUGCAGAGUGGGGUGGCUUACAGGGCAGGAAACGAGCAAUCUGUCCAUCAGUACACCAUCAGUAAAGAUGAGCCUCUCUUCUUACAGGCCCGGGCCAACGCUGCCCAGCUCAGUGAGAAACUGUACAAGAGCAGCUGGGAAAAUCAGAAGGCAAAAGCAUUUGAGCUGCGACUUGACUCCUUGACCUUCCUGACAGCCAAAGCCAAAAGAGACCUGGCCAGUGAGGUCAAGUACAAGGAGGAUUACGAAAGGUCCAGGGGGAAACUCAUCAGAGCACAGAGCGCACAGGGGGAUUCGAAGAUGAGCCACUCGCUGCAGAUGUCCAAGCUGCAGAGUGAACUGGAGUACAAGAAGGGCUUCGAGGACUCGAAAUCCCAGUGCCACAUCUCCCUGGACAUGAUCCACCUCACCCAUGCCCGCCAGGCACAGCACUUAGCCACAGACAUAGGCUACAGGACGGUGUCACACCAGUUCACCGCUCUGCCCACAGACAUGAAGGUGGAGUGGGCCAAGAAGGCAUAUGGCCUGCAGAGUGAUAACCAGUACAGGGCAGAUGUGAAGUGGAUGAAAGGCACAGGCUGGGUCGCCACCGGGUCAUUAAAUGUGGAGCAGGCGAAGAAGGCAGGAGAACUCAUUAGUGAGAGGAAGUACCGUCAGCAUCCAGAUGCUUUGAAGUUUACCAGUAUUAAAGACACUCCGGAGAUGGUCCAGGCUAGGAUUAGUUAUACCCAAGCAGUGGAUAGGCUAUACAAGGAACAAGGAGAAAGCAUAAAACACCACUACACUCAAACUGCUGACUUGCCUGAAGUCCUACUGGCCAAACUGAACUCCAUGAACAUCAGUGAGACCCGUUAUAAGGAAUCCUGGAGCCGGCUCCGAGGUGGUGGAUACAAGCUAAGGUUGGAUGCUAUUCCAUUCCAGGCAGCAAAGGCUUCCGGCGAAAUCAUAAGUGAUUACAAAUACAAAGAGGCAUUUGAGAGAAUGAAAGGACAGAUGCUUGGCUCCCGGAGCUUGGAAGGUGACCUCAGCCUUGCACAUUCAGUGCAUGCGACCUCACUGCAGAGUGAUGUGAAUUACAAGAAAGGCUUUGAACCCUCAAAGGCGCACUUCCAUCUGCCAUUGGACAUGGUAACCUUGGUACAUGCCAAGAAGGCUCAGACCUUGGCCAGCGACCAGGACUACAGACAUCCACUCCCCCAGCACACAUCUUUGGCAGAAGACCUGAGGCUGAGCUGUGCCAAGAAAGCUCACAAGUUACAGAGUGAGAAUUUGUACCGCUCUGACCUGAACUUCAUGCGAGGUGUUCCCUGCAUCAUUCCUGGCACGUUAGAGAUUGAAGGAAGAAAGAAAGCGUCUGAGCUCAUUAGUGAGAGCAAAUACCGCCAGCAUCCUGGGUCUUUCAAGUACACGGCUGUGACAGACACUCCCAACCUCCUUCAUGCAAAGUUCAGCAACCAGAUUACAAAUGAGCGCCUCUACAGAGCAGCCGGAGAAGAUGCGAGACACCAGUAUACAACGACCCUUGGUCUGCCCGAGUUCAUCCGAGCAAAAACCAACGCAGCCAAUCUGAGCAACGCAAAAUACAAGGAGUCUUGGCAUAAUCUUCGUGCUCAAGGCUACAAGCUGACAAUAGACGCUCUGCCCUUCCAGGCUGCGAGGGCCUCUGGAGACAUAGCCAGCGAUUUCCUCUAUAGGCAUGACUUCGUGAAGGAGCGUGGGCAGCUCAUUGGGAUCCAGAGUGUGAGCGAUGACCCGCGGCUGCAGCACUGCCAGAAGAUGGGCCAGCUGCAGAGUGAGAAUCAGUACAAGAGGGAGGCGGCCAGCAGCCAAGCCCAGUGUCACUUGCCCAUGGACAUGGUGCAUCUGGUCCAUGCCAGGAAGGCCCAGGCCCUGGCCAGUGACCUUGACUACAGGACACAGUACCAUGAGUUCACGGCACUGCCUGAGGACCUGAAGAUGGCCUGGGCCAAGAAAGUCCACGCCCUGCAGAGUGAGUUUCGCUACAAGUCAGACUUGAUGGGCAUGAAGGGAACAGGAUGGCUGGCACUGAGAUCACCCCAGAUAGAGAGUGCAAAGAAGGCUGGAGAGCUCAUCAGCGAGACCAAAUACCGUAAAAAACCAGACAGUAUCAAGUUCACCACAGUGGUUGACUCCCCAGACCUGGUUCAUGCCAAGAACAGCUACAUGCACUGUAACGAGCGCCUGUACAGGUUGGGGGAUGCAGAGUCCCUGCACAAGUUCACCCUGAUCCCAGACCACCCGGAGUUCACCCGUGCCCGCCUGAACGCACUGCACCUGAGUGACAAAGUCUACAGGAACUCUUGGGAGCAGAACCGGGCUGGUGGCUAUGACUUCAGGCUGGAUGCCAUCCCGUUCCAGACUGCACGGGUGUCUAGGGAUAUCGCCAGUGAUUUCCGGUACAAAGAGGCGUUCCUGCGGGACCGGGGUAUGCAGAUUGGGUACCGCAGCAUCAAUGAUGACCCAAGGAUGAGGCAUUUCCUCCAUGUCGGCAAGCUCCAGAGUGACAACGAGUACAAGAAGGACUUUUCCAAGAGUCGCUCCCAGUUCCACAGCCACACAGACCAGCCUGGCUUUCUCCGGGCCAAGAGGAGCCAGCAACUGGCCAGUGAUGUGCAUUACAGGCAGCCCCUGCCUCAGCACACCAGUGACCCGGAGCAGCUGGGUCUGAAGCAUGCUCAGAAGGCCCACCAGCUUCAGAGUGAUGUCAAGUACAAAUCUGACUUGAAUCUGACCCGAGGUGUUGGCUGGACCCCUCCUGGCUCCUACAAGGUGGAGAUGGCUCGGCGGGCUGCAGAACUGGCCAACGCUCGGGGCCUGGGUCUCCAGGGGGCUUAUGGAGGGCCGGAGACAGUGGAGUCUGGGGACCAUCGGAGCAGGGAGGUGAACCCAGAUGCCUUCGAGAUUCUGCAUGUCAACAGGAAGAAGGCUCUGCUGAUGUGAGUGAGCAGCCUCCACUCACAUCCUUGAGAGAAGCCACAGUAAAAGGUUGCUUGCCAGAGGCAGGGCUCUAUGGUUCAGUCUGGACAAGCAGUUUAAAAAUGACACACCA